AAAACGAAUUUCCACCGAUAUAACACUCACCCCACCGAGUGUGUGUGUGUGUUUGUGUGUGUGUGUGGCACCAAACGGAUGCUCUGGCUGCCAUCUGCCUACGUGUCGGAGGGAUUGUGAAUGCUGCACUAUGAUGGAUAGAGCGUUUGGACAUAGCUGCAGUCAUUUGUAGGCAGUAUUUUUUUGCAGGAUUUAUCGAUAAGUUGUCGGAUUUGCGCGUUGACAGCUGGACCGUCCUGCGCCUUUAUUGGAGACGAGCAGUCAAAUUUUUUUUCCUGUUGCCAUUCAAUGUCCAGUGACACAUGGCUGAGGGUCCCCUGUGGCUGAUCCAAACAAUGCUUUCAACUAAUCGCUCCGGAGGUGCGUGGGGAUGAAAUGGAUGCAGCCCAUGUCCAGGCCUACGCAUCAGCUCCCACCUCCCAGCAUGUCCAGCUGCAGCAAGUCUCCUGCCAGCUCUGGAGAAGGCUCUAACUCUAUGGCAUGGGUGAAAAUGUUCAAAAAACCAGGAGAAGGCUUGAAGAAAUCCUACCAGCCUGGGAGCAUGCUGUCUCUCGCGCUCACCAAAGGCCUGCUGAAUGAACCCGGGCAGAAUAGCUGCUUCCUAAACAGCGCUGUUCAGGUGCUUUGGCAGCUGGACAUUUUCAGGAGAAGUCUGAGGCAGCUCUCAGGUCACUUUUGUCUUGGUGAUGCCUGCAUUUUCUGUGCUUUAAAGAGUAUUUUCAGCCAGUUUCAGCAGAGCAGAGAGCGUGUGCUCCCCUCCGACAGCCUGCGGAACGCCUUAGCUGAAACCUUUAAGGACGAGCAACGCUUCCAGCUUGGCCUGAUGGAUGAUGCUGCUGAGUGCUUUGAGAACAUCCUGGAGCGAAUUCAUUUACACAUAGUUUCAGACACCGCAAAUGAUGCUUGUUCAUCCAAAGCCUGCAUCACCCAUCAGAAGUUUGCAAUGAUGCUUUAUGAGCAGUUUGUGUGUCGCUGCUGUGGUGCAUCUUCAGACCCACACCCAUUCACAGAAUUCGUACAUUAUGUGUCAACCACUGCUUUAUGCCAGCAGAUUGAUCGCAUGUUGGGAAAAAAUGAGCGGCUGAGGUCAGACAUGUUUGGAGAGCUGCUGCAGGCAGCAAAUAACACAGGUGACUUCCGAAGCUGCCCGAGCGACUGUGGUCAGAGCAUCAAGAUCCGCCGUGUGCUCAUGAACUGUCCUGAAAUUGUGACAAUAGGGUUCGUGUGGGACGCUGAGCAGUCUGAUCUUACGGAUGAUGUCAUCCGGUCACUUGGCCCACGUUUGAACCUGUGUGGGCUUUUCAACCGUGUCACUGAUGAAAAUGCCAAACGGAGUGAGCUACAUCUGGUGGGGAUGAUUUGUUUCUCCAGUAAACAUUACUCAGCUUUUGCCUAUCACACCAAAUCUUCCAAAUGGAUGUUUUUUGAUGAUGCUACUGUAAAGGAGAUUGGAUCCAAAUGGAAAGAUGUUGCAUCUAAAUGUAUCAGGGGACAUUUCCAACCUCUUCUUUUAUUUUACACUAAUCCUGAGGGAAGCCCGGUGUCCAAUGAAGAUGCGCCAAGACAGACCACCAUGUGUCCUCGAUACAAAGCCCAAGUAAAUGGUGGCAUGACAGUGAAACUUCCCCUCAGCAGUCCUAACAAAUUCCAGGAACCUUUUAUGGAGAGGCCAGGCGACUCAAAAAAAGACAGAGGGCAUCGGAGAAUUGACCCAUCACAACACCAAGACAUGGCACAUACAAGAACUUCAUCUCCUCCAGAGAAUGGACCAAGGCCUUCUGUGGACCAAAGACUAAAAGGCUAUCAACGUACUGAGAAGUCAUCAAACCAUUCAAGCAGAGGAUCUCAGGAGCCACGUGGACAGGGUGGCGGGCCCCCCCCCAGCCGCUAUGAUCAGGGUAGUUGCCAGGAGCAAUGGGAAAAGGGUGGAAGUGGAGGAAGUCGCACUAAAUCUAAAUCCACCUGGAGACCUAUUCGAGAGGUGUUAAAUGUGGACACUGUGCUGAACGAACUGGAGCAGCGGCGUCAGCAGCAACAUGACAGUCCGCGACGCAGUAAGCCUUCAUCGCAGGAAAGGGUGCACGCUGAACUAAGUCAUGAGAGGGAACAUGUGCGAGCCAGAGAAGAUCGGAGGCAGAAGUGUUUAAUGACAAUUUAUGAGGAUGAUCAGCGGCAUGAGACUGAGAGCCACAGCUCUGUAGAGUCGGAGAGCAGGGCCAACCAGCAGAGGGGCAGCAGGCUUAAGGGUGGCCCCAAGACGCUGCUGCGUAGUGACACCUGGACCACUCAAAGGGCAGAGUCUGGCUACGAGAGCAGUGACAGGCUCAGCAGUGGCUCCACCAAUCCUGACUCACCUGGGGUUGAUGGCUUUGCUGUUAAAGACCAGAGGUCAAUGCCAGAGGCACAGCUGCAGAGCCAGCUGCACCAAAAGGGAGGCAAUGCAAAAUCAUGCAUAAUGUCCUCACCUUCACAUAAUGGUAAACAUCAACCCAAACCUCAGGGAAAGAAUCAUGACCAAGUUUCACAUUCACAUCUAAAGUGCAGUCCAUGUUCAAGACGGAAAUCAAAGUACACUUCUAGCACCUCCAGGAAAGCAGUGUCUUCAGAGAGGGAGUCCACUGGUCCAGAUACCAGGCAGAGUGAUCAGCAGGAGCUGACAAACUCUAGAGGGCACACCGGAGAAAGUCCCGCUCCGAGGCACGUUGCAAAAACCAGCAGCUCAGAAUGGAACAGCUCCGAUGAUCUCGCUCUUUCUGAGCCUGAAGACAGAGAAAGCACUUACUGCUCCAGCAACAGUGAGGCCACUGCCUCUGACUCCCAGUGUCCUCAUAUAACCCUGCCAUACCACCCUCCUGGUAAUGUGACCGCGGAGCCCCUUCAACCGAACAGUCAGCGUCAGCUCAGCACGACAGGGUCUCCUUACAUUCGACCCACCCAGCAGAUCUCUCCUCACCAGGGAGAAACAAGUCACGCAGUGUUUCGUCCGAGGAUGCUUCAGGAGCCUUUUUCAUCAAGCCCUUGUCUUUCUUCCACAUCUUACAUUAGUCCGCAUAGGAAUCCUGACAUGUCAGGCCUCCGAACCUUCUCGGAUGCAAGCUCCAAGUCGGGCUCUGACCCAGAGAGGAGCACCUCAUCAUCAUGUGAAAGUGAGGAAAGACUAACUGGGUGCAGAGUAGAACAGGCAGUGCCAGCUCACGAGGUUUCUCUGACGACGUACUUCAGCGUGGAUAACUGCAUGACGGAAACAUAUCGUCUCAAGUACCACAACCAGAGGCCUCUUGUCCUCUCUGCCUCGGUGCCACGGACGGUGGUUGCGACUGAGCGCAGAGACGCCACCGACACACACUCACAAGAUAUGCCAAAAGCCAGACCUGAAACAAGCCAUAAUAGCAAUAAACCCACAGCAAAAUGGAACCCAGUGACAGCCAAAGGACUGGAUGAACAUGGUUUUUUAUGAGUGUUCCUUGGUAAGUUUUGUUUACAUGGAUGGACAGUGGUCAGUAGAGCACUACUAACUGGAUGCCAAAGAGUUUACAGAGUGGAAAUAUUUCCUGAAGCUCAACAUCUCUAAAUUGAGUGGGAUUUAUUUACACAAGCCUGUCACAUAAGUAAAACCUAUUUCUAAAUGCUGUUACAUGUUGUUUGACGGAUAAUCAACUUUCACACAUACCGUCUUCCAUUGUCCUUGCGGUACCGCUGCAAGGAGAUUUUGCUUUAACCAAAAUCUGGACUGUUUUCAGUUUGCACAAAAGGUUUUAGAGUUUUAAUCACCUUAUAUCAAGUUUAAAAUGUUUAUUUUUAAAACUGUGCAGUAGUUCUGCAAAAGUGCUAUGGAACUGAAGAUAUACUGAUAUGUUUAAAGUAAGCCAUGAGAGAUUACGCUGUGUCACAGUUUGAUUAUGCUGUGGUCUGUAGAUGAAAAAUGAUGCAUGUUGACAUGAAAAGGUACUUUAUCAGAAUAUGAUGUUAUCCUACAUAACACAAACCUACAAAGAUCAAAGGUUUGCAUCAGCUGCACCAGAUUUAAGGUAAUUCAUUUAAUCACAGCUCAAACUGGAGAUUAAUAAGAAUGGAAAUGUUGGAAGUGAAUAUCUGGGCAGUUUACUGACUUUAUGCACAUUGAAGGCUUUAGGUCAUUGCAACAUUUACAUAUAUUCAGUUAGUGACUUGUUUCAACUGUUAUUAUUUAUCAGUUCUUUUACAACAUUUAUGUGUUUGUGAAUGACUGAGGGCUGCCUGCGCUGUACCAGUCGACCCCCGUAGCUGUAAGCCUCAGCUGAGAAAGACUCAAAAUGGGACGUUCUGCAUUUGAGGCAGCCCUCAGGUUAUUCAGUAAGUCACUAUAUACAAUCACGUAAUCGUAUGUGUUCUACCCUCGAUUGUUCUGGUUCUGUUAAUCUUUUUUUUGUAACUCACAGUGAAUUAAAUGGUAUUGUUUUCAGUCUUUCUCGUACUUAGAUCUCACAGAUUUAAACAGGUUUGUGUUUGAAGGUAUUUUCAUAAAGAUGCUGAUAUAAUCUGACAUUAUACACAACACAUCAGUUUUCUUGUUAAUAAGAAUAAGAGUCUGGAACCUGCAUGUGGCCUUUACGAAGUCCUACUAGCUGCGUCUACAGCAUGAGCAUGACAAUAUUGGGCUGUGAGUGCAAAGGACAUCAAAUCUAUUGGAUAUACAUUAAAUAACAGUUUGUACCUACAGUUGAUUUGGAAACUUUAACACUUGAAUGAUGUUCUAUUCUGUCACUCGUGCAAGAGCAUACUUUUGUUUAUGCAUCCAUUGUAAAUAUAAACGUAUACGCUGGAAAACAACUGACUAUCCGAGAUGUACUAUGCAUUCACUAAAAGUUACUUUAAAAGCAGAUCGUGCCAUUUUUAAAGCUUUGUAUUUGGUGCAUCUGACAAUAUCAGUAUCAUUAAUAUUUUGUGUUUACUAUAUUGCCAAGUAUUAUUAACAUCCUGCCAUUUAUGCAUACGGUCUUUGUAUACAUGUGUUUUUUCAUCUACUUUGCAUUUUUGUCUACCCACACACCUUUGUCCAGGUAGUUCUCAGCUAUUCUCACUGCACAUAUUGUCUGCUGCUGUGUGCGUUUAAUCUGACACAGUGGAUUGUGUCUAGAGAUUUUUGUGGGCGUGUUUGUAAUCUCAUCUAAAUGUGAGCAUUUUUCAUGAUUCAUUUAUUGACACUUUAAAUUCAAGGAAAAGAAAGCAUUCAGUGUAACUGAGCUACUGAGAAAUUCUUCACUUCUGAAUUGUAAUCUUGUCAUUUGUGCUGUAAUUAUAAAUGACAGUUUUUACAGUUAUUUUUAAGGUAUGUUAUAUACAGUUUGUUUUAUAUUCCGUAGAUAAAGAAAUCAAAAUGACUAAAUGAUUGGAUUGGAUUAGAUUAAGAUGAGUGCAUUAGCCAGAUUACCUAAAUGUUGUCGACUGCAAACUGUUUUUUUUUUUUGUUUUUUUUUUGUGGUUUAUUAUCUAACUAAUGGUUCUAUCACUAUUUACCCCAUUUUUAAUUAAUUUCUGUAUCUGUGAAAAAUUGUUCUAUUUAUGUUAUAUUUUAAAUUCUAAACAUUGUCUCUUCAGUUAUAUCACGAGUGCCUUGACAUUUUCAGUUUCGUUGUGUUUUGUGAGUGAAACCACACUUACUGAAUGAAGGAGAUGAAUGAAGAGAAUAGAGGAUGUCAUGAAUCAUUUUUUUGAAUAUGCAGUGCUAGUAGUGACAUAUUGAUGAUAUUCCUGUGUGUGCACCAUUAUGUACUGUGUGUGUGUGUGAGUGUCAGAGGGAUAGAUUUGUUCCAGGUCCAAUAUUCCUAAAAGCCCUUUCAGACUUGGAAGCUGCAAACACAGCAAGUAGCAGUCUCAGCCAUUUGCUCUUCAUCCAGCUGCAACUGGCAAAGGUUUGAUGUUCAAAUGUCAGCAGCAGAAAAUGGGAAAAUCUGUGCUUUUAUCCUCCUGGCAAAGUUAGGUGCUUCUGGAUCUGGAGAGAGCUUAAUGGCUUAUAACUCCAGUGUUUAACUUGGUAUGUGCAUGAAAACGUGUCUGUGUACUUGGAAGAGGAAGCUAAAUGCUUAUCCUUUUGCACCCAUUAUGUCUUCAUUUAAAAGCUUUAUUUACACAAGAAGCUGGUAAGACAGAACAUCUUUUUAUGCCCCAUAACAUCACAGCUGGCAUUGCAUCAGCCAAUAUCUUUUAUUUAUUUUGUCCUAAAUAUACAGAGACAGAACCUAAUUGCUCCAUGUUGUAUCAACACUAAAGAACAAAAGAGAACUUUCCACAUUAUGCCACUGAUCUUGUCUGAUAAGUUACUGGCUGAUGUGGCCUGAUGUGUAGGACCUGUAUGACUCACUCAAUACCACUGUGCAUGGCUAGGAUUCAGCCUGAAACCACUGCUGAACUGAGUUGCUGGUGCUUCAGUGAAUGCUUCAUGACUUGUGUAAGUACAGACCGGUUUAAAGUAACAUGUAAAAUCUGUCUACACUUUAUAUUUU